GCGAGAAGAGCCGGGCGGCCGCCGCCGAUGAGAACGACAUGUGGACGGCGGGAAGGGUGACCGGGAUUUUGUUUCACGGGGUCUUGGCGGCUCUGGUGCUGCUGGGAGCCCGCGACGUCUUCUUUCAGUAUGAGGAGAACCGGUGCAGCAUGACCUACAUGUUCGACUACCCGGAGUACCUGAGAAUAAAAUUACCUAAGAAAAUAUCCAGACGUUACCCAGCCUAUGAACUGUAUCUCUACGGGGAAGGAAUUUCUGCAGAAGAAAACAGAAAUCUAAUCUUAACAGGGAUUCCUAUCCUUUUUCUUCCUGGCAAUGCUGGAAGUUUUAAGCAAGUACGUUCCCUUGGAUCAAUAGCACUGAGAAAGGCAGAAGAUAUGGAUUUCAAAUAUCAUUUUGAUGUCUUCAGUGUGAAUUUCAACGAGGAACUUGUUGCACUAUAUGGUGGAAGUCUACAAAGGCAGACAAGAUUUGUGCAUGAGUGUAUUAAAAUAAUUCUUAAAUUAUAUAAGGGUCAUGAAUUUGCUCCCCGCAGUGUUGCAGUAGUAGGUCAUUCCAUGGGUGGUCUUGUUGCAAGAGCACUGGUGAUUCUUAAACAUUUUAAACCCGAACUUCUCAAUAUUCUUAUUACUCAAGCGACACCUCAUGUUGCACCUGUGUUGCCUUUAGAUCAAUAUCUUGCUGAUUUUUACUCAACCGUGAACCAUAACUGGAUUCAGAAGGCUCAAGAAAUAAAGAAUCUAACAACCCUUUCUGUAGCAGGAGGAUUCCGAGAUUAUCAAGUUCGCUCUGGAUUGGCUUUUCUGCCCAGUUCAAAUAGUCAAAAUUGUGCUUUAUCUGUUGUGAGUUCAGCAGUUCCUCGAGUCUGGGCUUCCACAGACCAUCUUUCCAUUGUUUGGUGUAAGGAAUUGAACUUGGCUACCGUCAGAGCAUUUUUUGACCUUAUUGACGAUAAUACUAAACAGAUAACAGAAAAUCCCCAAAGAAAAAUUCUGGUCCUGAAUCACCACUUUUUAAGGUAUCCAGGAAAACUCUUUGAAGAAAGACCUGAAUCACUUACUGAGUUAACAGAAGCAUCCAUUUGGAUUAAUAUAAAAACUUCAAAAUGGUCCUACAAAGGAUACAAUGAAUCAGAUGGAAAAUAUUUCAGCUUUUCUCUCUCAAGCCAAAGAAAAUCAUUCACUCAUAUUUACUGCCAAAACAGUAUAUUGGAUACAAAUAGCUGGAUAUUUGGUUGUGCAAACAGUACUUCAUCAAAGUGUCAGCAAGCAAUUGACUUGUCUUGGAAUGCUGAGUUACUACCAACAGUCAAGAUUGUGACUUUGAAACUUCAAGAUUAUCCAUCUUUGACUCAUAUUGUGCUUCAUAUUCCAGUAGUUAAUGGUAUUAAGUUUACUUUGGACUGUGAGUUCUUUAAUGAAGUUUCAAGAACAGUGCAACUCCCUGUAACCCAUCUUUUUACUUUUGGAUUUUCUUCAAGCAAAAUCAUACUAAAUUCAACUGGCCUUAUUCACAUUGUUCAGCUACAACAUUUUGGUCAGAUAUACCAGGCUUUUAAUAUCUUUAUAGAGAGUAAAUGCCAGAUUCUCAAAGAAAGAAAACCCAAUGUGUAUCAACUUCAUAUACCAUGGUCACAUGAAGAUUUCUUAACUUUGUCACAAGAUUCUUUGACUGAGAUUUCUGCAAAAUUGCACAUUGCACAGCCUGAAAAUGACUCUACAGUUUCUUUGUUGAAAAUGUAUUCAUCUUCAGAUUGUCAAUAUGAAGUUACUGUCAAGACCUCUUUUCUUCAGGUCCUUGGUCAGGUGAUGAGAUUCCAUGGUGGCACUCUUCCUAUGUACAUUAUUUCUAAUAUUCUUCUUGCCUACAGAAGACAGUUAAGGUCCCUAGUGUCAACAGGUCAGUGUUCAGACUUCGUUCCUGCACUUACUAAAGCAGCUAAGCCUUAUAAAGUAGAACCCGUAGCAUACAUGAUUAGGUUCUUCUUGGGACUUAACUGGUUUAAAGGACUCAGAAAUCCAGACCUGGAUCGUGUCACAGUGAACAACCAGGACUUGUGGUUUCCUUUUGUAUCCCUGAUUCUCUUUAUGUUUGGGACUGGCAUAGCCUAUUGGGGUGGCAUACUUCUUGACUCAUCUAUAAGGCUCUUAUCUUCAUUGCACUUAGUUUUGACCAGACCCUCUGGACCUCCAUCUCACAACCGUCUGAUUACCCGAUUAAGAUUUUGUGUUGCGGUUUCAAUGUUUUUUCUUUGUUGGACUACCUGUGGAGCGCUGGCAAUAAUGAUGACUUAUUUUCAUUAUAUAUUCAAGGUUGUUAAUUUCCAUUCAUAUUUAAGAUCUGAACUAAGUGUUUGUAAUGCGCCCAUAAAGAACCCAGAACCUAAAUCAGAUGAUUCAAAAAACGAAAAGUGGAACAGCUGCAGAUCAGAGGAUUGCCCUUCAGAAGCAAGAAACUCAUUUAGCACCACAAUCGCCAAUGACAGCAUUAUAGAUAGCCUUAAGAUGCAUGUCACUGUCAUCAACUUAAUGACAUGGAUUGUGCUUCUUAGUUGUCCAUCCUUAAUUUAUUGGCUAAAAAAUAUCAGAUACAAUUUCAGACUUGAUCCUGAUCCAUGCAGAUUUGUUGCUGUUAUUCUGAUAGUCAUUUUGGGUAUACUCAUGAAUACAAGUACUACAAAACUUAAAUCAAGUAAAUUAUUGAAGAUUGCAGCAUAUUUUCCACUUCUUUUCUCUGUUGCUGCUGUAGUUUUUGCACCUGUUUAUUUAUAUCAAAUGCCAUACUUUGUAAUAAUUCCUCUUUUUUUACAUUCAUUAUGCAGCAUUGUUUAAAAUACUUUAGCUGGCCAAAACAGUAAUAGAUGCGGAAGUAUAGAUAAUAUAGGAAAACCUACGCUGCAUCUUCUAUCAAUGGUAGAAAAUGGAAAGGCUUUAGGUUUCCAAAGAAAACAAUAUUUUUACUUACUAAUAAUAACUUUAAUUGAAAUGCAUAAAUCUGUUACUCAGUAAGCACUUUGUUCUCGACACUGAGAGAAAACAUGGUUGCAUCGGUUCCUUGUAUUGAAGCAAAAGGCUUAUACUUAUUUAUUUUAAAAUUGCAAGUUUACAUGUCCAAGAUACUUCUGUGUACUUAUUUCAUUGAAUCACCACUCCCAUAUUUAUUUUGGCAAUAUUACUGUUGGAGUAAAUAAGAUAACAGUUUGUAUUGUGAAAUAACUUCAUACAUCCAAAACCCUUUUGCGUAGUUAGUUGAAUUCAAGAAUUGAAGAACUAAGCAUCCAGCGACAGUAGAAAUGGAACGAUAACAGAGUAUUUUCUGCAUAGAAGCCAUUUUAUUCAAGGGCAGUGAAACCCUGCAUUGUGUAAAUGAUCAUUUCUCUAAUAUGUUCCUUUUUAGAUACUUCACUGGACAAUUCUUAUAGUUCCAACCAUGUUGGAAAGACUAGGUUAAAGACAGACAAACACGACAAUUCAGAAAACUUCCCUAGAGCUAUACACAGAGAUUUUAAAAAUGCAUCCUGGAAGUAUUUCAUUAGAAUAACAUUUUGCUAAUGUCAUUCAGCACCUCUUGGGUCCAAUAUUAUUUGGAUUGAUAAAAUGUAGGCAUCAAAGAUAUCAAUACUUAUCUGUGCACAAAGGAGUUUUAAAAGAAGCUGCCUUUAGGCAGAACUAUGUUAAUGUUACAUAUAACCAUUUAAAAAGCAGCAAAUAUUUUGGUUCUUUAAAUAAAAUGUAUAAGGGAUUUUUGCUGCUUUUGCAUAUCACCAUGAGCUUAAAACUUCAUUGUAUUUCUUAACAGCUCUUUUACAUAAUGGCUAAUUUCCUCUUCCUAAAGAGAUUCUUCCUCUAAACAAAGUUAUAAUACAUAUUUUCCUUACUUGUAUCCACUAUAAUUCCUGCCUAAAGUGCCUUUGGUUAGUUAUUUGUCUCUUGUUUAUCAUUUUUUUUCUAAUUUAUUAAACAAAUAUUUAUAGAAUUGUUCUGUAAUAUUAACAAUUUUGUAUAUUGUGCUAUGUAUGAAUCAUCACACGUGUUAAUGUUACUAUCUUUACAUGGAAUGCUUCAAGGUCAAGCCAGUCUUGGUAUUCAGGCAUACUAUUAAUAGGAUAUUAAAAUAUUCUUAGGCAAGUCUCUGGAAAAAAGUCCUCCAAUACCUAAUUUUCAACUGAUUUUAUGGCACUAAACUGAGCUAUCAGUGUACUCUGUGACCUACUUAAUGGAUGACUUACAACAUCCGCAAUGAGUUUCUUUUUUACUGCUAUACUGGGCUUUUUGCCAACAGCUGGCAGAGCACAAAGUAAUGCAAUCUAUUCUCAGACCUCGUUCAAUGAAGACUGACCUUGGAAAGCAUUUCUAUGCCUCUCAUAGCUGUAUGCGAAAUAGAAUUUUGGCAGUGACCUUUUGUCUCUUGUCAGCGCUACAGCAAGGGAAAUGGUACUUGCCAAAUUAUUCGUUCUCAAGCAGAAGCUAAGGGCACAAAAGUUCUCUUCAAAUUCAUGCAUUGGCACCUCCUGGGAAGCUUGUCCUUCUAAUCAGAUGCCAAUGAGAACCUCAAUUUGUUAAAGGUCAUAAUAGGUUUUAGUAAAGGCUCUGUUUGACUGUAUAACCUUUAUCUGUUUUGCAGUGUAUAUGGUGUGGGUAUGUGUGUGUCAUAGCAUCUAAUAUUUAUUAACAUUGUGGUAGCUUAUUGCAUACCAGCUCAUAAUCUAUGGCUAUUCAGACUGAAAGCAUUAGAAGUUAAGGAGCUAUCCAAUACACUUUAGAAUCUGUAAGACAGCUCUGGACAAUCUAUUAUGGAUUCAUGUAUUACUAGAAAAUCAAAGCUGCUGAAUGUGGUCUCAUACCUGUAUAUGAGAAGCGGGUGAAUUGAGAAAUCUCUAUAAUCAUAUUCUUAGGUAAAUGAUGCUAUUUUACACUCUAUGUGAAUUGUGCAUACUUAGGAUGUAUAGCACUUUUAUUAUACUUUUUACAUAUUUUUGUACCUGCCUAGAAAUUAAUAAUUUAUAGUUUUAGAUUGUAUAUUGAAAGUAGUUUUACACUUUUAUCUGAAAUGUUUUGCUUUUUUCCUAUUUUGGAUCCCCUUCUCUUUUUGCUUUUAAUUUGGAUUUAGAGUGUCCAUUAAAAAAACAACAAGCAGUGUAAUCGUAGCCAGGCUACUCACAAGAAAGUCAAUUUGAGUGCAUUGAGAUUUUCUUCAGUUAAGCAUGCAACUAUGUGUAGAACUGUAGGUAUUUCAGGAAAGUAGUCUAAGGAAAUUUUAAAAUGAAAACAUCCCUACUUUUUAAUAGAGUCUUGCCAGAGGUGUCAAACUGGUGGCUCGCGGGUUGGAUGCAUCGUGUGCAGCCACGCCCACCCCGGCUCCACAAGGCAAAAAAUGUUGUGAUAUGUCACAUCACACGAUCGAGUUUAGCACCCAUUCAUCUAGGCAAUCUCCAGGAGUUAACAAGAGCAGCUAUAUUAAAUUUCUACAGCUUAAUUAAACAUCAUCAUUAUCAGUAGUAGUAGAUGGCAGUGUUACAUUAGCCAGGAAAAAACAGUGCUAAUGCAGAGUAGCAAUAGCAAUAGCAAUAGCAAUAGCAGUAGACUUAUAUACCGCUUCAUAGGCCUUUCAGGCCUC